AUGUCUUCCAACACGUUUGAUUUUGCCGAUGCCGCUACACCGGCGCAAGGGACUUCAGCCAUUCAGCUAACCUCGACGUACCUUGAAGGUUCCUCAUCGGAAAGCGGGGGCACCAUGAUUGAUCCCAGUAUAUGGUUCAUCCCCGACAACCUUUUCCAACAGAUUUUUGGCAGUACAUUGCCAUUGAAUUGGGAAGAAUACGUCCCGAUCACACCCAAUACACACCACCCUCCUCCUCCUCCAGUUCCGCUCCCGUCAAACAGUCACGGAGAACAGCGCCUAUCCGACUCUGAAGGGGCAAAUAGUUCUUUGGAUGACAUAGAAGCAUACCGUGGUACAUACCAUGCUGAGCAUGAGGGAGCUUCAGGCUCAAACAGCGUCGAAUAUCCUGAUACAGAUCACUUUGGAUGCGACAUUCCUGUAGGCCAAUUUCCAACUGAUAAGCCAUUGGUAUUCCCAGAAGUGCUGAAUGGAUCACUUAACCAAAACAUGGACAUCUUUCACCAUGACUAUGAUGCGCAUCAAAUCUACCCAGAGCCACGGAUAACCUCCACUGGAGACCCUACCAUUCCGCCAUUCCAAGAAGUAUCGAACCAAACAGUUCUUGGAGGGUAUCCCAACACACGAUUAUCUGUACAUCCAUAUUCUGGCCACACAGAAGAAGGAAAGACAGAAAUAAACCAUUCAAUAUUCGAUCACGUAGACUGCCAGAAACAUUCAGCUUCCGGGAUAAGUCCCGUUGAGCAGAAUGAUGGCACAUCUGCCGCAACAGCAGUUCGAAGGGGAAUGGUUGAUGCGCAUGAUCUUCCCCCUCUACAUGCGGAGGCAAGAAAGGAAAGAGACGGGGUGGUGUUUGAGAGGGAAGCUGGAGAAUUGCAAAGAGUAGGGAGAAAGACGACAACGAUUGAUGGACGGCGUUGA